UCACUUAACAAAUGUGGCAAGAAAAGUUAUAAAAUGGGGCAAAAUUCAUUUAACAAAUUUCUUACUUAGCAACAUAAAUUUUGAGCUCAACUGGGGUCGUAAGACAAAGACUACCUAUAGACAAGAGCUAUUUUGAUUUUGUUGAUUUUAUGUAAACUCUUUUGGAAGCCUGAAGAAAAAGGUGAAAAUAUUUUAAUAAGUAUUCUAACAACUCCACAGCUUGUGAUUCUAGCAAGUGCAAAAGUAGAAUGGUAGUUUAAAAACUAAAUACUGGAAUCUUCCAAAGACUACAUUUUAAAGCAAACAUCUCUAAUUCCUUUUAUUUUAGGAAUGUGGAACCCUUAACCCCCAAAGUGUACAUAGCCCAAUAGUUACUUUUUUGCAUUUUCAGUCUCAUCCCAUCCUAACUAUGAUUGUUGAAAGGGAAACACUGAAGAACUGAGUUUUUGGUUUCUUUGGAAAAUAAACUCAGGGAAAUUGAACAGUGACUUCAAACAGAGACAACAGAAGACGAUCAACUUUUCAGGAUGAUAAAGAUUACUGCAGCUCAAAGAUGAGUGGAAAGAACUUCAACUCAUUUAUGGAGAAAGACCUCAGAAUGACAUUUUGGGAUGAUUUUCACUUCAGCCAAUAAAUAUGAAGUAAAGUGUGACGUGAAAUUCAGCUCCUCUAAAAGACAAGAGUUUUGGGAAAUGUUGCUUCUUGGAUAAGAAGUGAAACGUCUUCAAGGAAAAAUAAAGUCCAGUUGCCUUUUGAAAAAGCACCUUGAGAAUAGUUUAAAAGUUAAAACAAAUGUGUGAAGGAUAGGUUUGUUUGGUCUCAAACAAAUCCUAUCAUUCAUUCAAAUCACAGCCAGGGUCCUUUGAAUUAAUAUUAUUUGCCAUAGCUUGAAAUAGCAAAAUAAUCUGUACUAUUAGUUUUCCCUGAUUUCUUUGUAAUGAGCAAACACUAAAUUGUGAAUUAUCUUAUAUGAGUCACACUGUCACAAAACAAAAGUUGGAAAACAAAGAAUGACAUCUGGAUUAUUUUCCAACCCUUUGACCAGCAAUAGCCAUGGGAGGCAUCUGUAUUUUCUUCUGGGUCACUUCUUUCAUUGGUUUCUGCUUUCCUGAUCUCUCAUGUUGGGUCUGUUUAUGAGUUUGGGAAAGCACAGAACAGACUGCUGACAUUCCACAUAAUCACCUAGCCAGGAGAAAAGGGGCUUAACAUGGCACAUUUAGCAACUUUCUAUGCUAUGCCCAACUGCCUCACCAAGGGCAGUUUUGAUGGCAUUUGUUUUUUUCCACAGCUGCAACUCAGAACCAGUCCAUUUUGGAAGCUUUCCUUUGCAGGAUUCUCUCACAAGCACACCUGCGUGUUUGUGUGCAUUCUCCCUGGUGUCUAAUUACUGUAGUCUGUGUGCAUACUGAACGCCUCUCUGCGUGUAUUCGGGCUCUCCCCAUAUGCUACAAUCUGCAUGUGUUCGUUUGUUUCCAAGUGUGCACGCCCCCUCACCCGGAGAAGGGAGGAGGAAAAAAAAUCCUAGACACACGCAGCCGGGCGGGCGGAUCUUCCAAACGUCAUUCGAAACCACCCGCCUCUUGCAGAGGCGCAUGCGUUGUACUCACUGAACCGGGACCCGUACAUGCCGGAAUUUAGCAGACCGCGGAACUGAGCGCCUUUCGAGGAGCAACUGGUCGACCUCCGGCGCGAAGAAACAAAGCAACGACUCCGUCGCGUCGUGAAAAGCAAAAGCAGGCAUGGUCAGAAGUCUGGCCGCUGCCGCCAUCGUGGUGAACGGGCAAAAAGGCUUGUUCCUCGUUCAGGGAGAACCCGCCGUCCUUCUUCGCGUAGGCGCUUCGCGUUUCGGCGUCACGCGCUCCCCUUUUCCUGGCCGUUGCCUAGGAGAUCAGAAGCUGGUGAGCGACCUCGCGAGGAGGGCUUUUGGAGCGCGCGCGCGGGCGACGGGAGUCAGCCCGGGCGGACAGCUGCGCUCUGAGGCGCGCGCCUCUUCCUUGUCGCCUGCCGAAGGCGUCCCUUCGCCUGCGGUGGGGAUCCGCUUCCUCAGCCUGAACGGGAGUCGCUGCCGAGCGGUGGAAGGACGAGCUCUGCAGUUUGAAAAUAGCAAAAGCAGAUGUUCACCAUUGGGAAGCAGAACACUUUAUUUUGAUACCCACGCCUUUGUGUGCCUCUUGGAAGAAAAUGGAUUCACCACUCAGCAAUCUGAGAUCAUUGUGUCUGCUUUAAUGAACAUUAUGAAGAGCAAUAUGGAUAUGAUACACAAAGACAUGGUCACCAAAAUGCAACAGGAAAUUGCUGUUCAGCAGAUAAUGUCUCAUAUUGGUGUUGUAAAAAAGGAUAUGAUUAUUUUGGAAAAAAGUGAAUUUUCAGCACUCCGAGCAGAAAAUGAGAAAAUAAAACUUGAACUUCAGCAACUAAAAAAGCAAGUAAUGGAUGAAACUUCCAAAGUACGAACAGAUAGCAAGCUAGAUUUCAAUCUAGAAAAAAGCAGAGUAAAAGAAUUGUAUUCACUUAACGAUAGAAAAGUGUUGAAAAUGAGAACAGAAAUAGUGGAAUUGCAUGCCCAGCAAGAUCGAGCUUUAACGCAGACUUAUAGGAAAAUAGAUACUGAAGUUGCAGGUCUGAAAACAAUGCUUGAAUCACACAAACUUGACAACAUCAAAUAUUUAGCUGGUUCAGUAUUUACGUGCCUUACAGUAGCACUCGGAUUUUACCGUUUAUGGAUAUAAUGAAACAUUAUUUUCAGCAAACAGUAUUAGCUUGCCGUAAGAAAUAACAUGUUAUUUCCAUCUGAAAUAAUUUAUUUGUUGCACUGAAGAUUGUAAUCAAAGAAUUACAUAUGAGCUCCUAAAAACUAUAUGGGUAUCAAAAUAUUGAAAGAAACCUUGCCUGUGUUAUGGGCAUCCAUAUUUUGCACAGAAUAUCUCCACUCAGAACUGAAUGUUUAUAUGUCUCCAGGAUAUUAUGAUCCUAAAAAGGUAGCUUUUAGAAUGUACUUCAUGUAUCAAAUGCAAGUUUUAAGUUAGAAGAUUAGUGGUAUAACAACAAGCAUUAAUACUAAGUGAGAGGAGAUAAAAUAAUCCAAUUGCCUUUAUUUAUCAUGUUCCUUCAGAACUAGAAAUUCUUGAAUUAUGUCAUGGUUUACUUCCUUUGUAUUGAUAAACAGGAUUCUAAAGAUUUCUUGUUGAUGUAUUUAAUGGAUGUUUCCAUUGUCAUCUAUUGUUAAUAAAUCUCUGUCCAACUAAAAAUGUUUUAUAAGCAACUGUUGUGAAAAGAUUGUGCUGAUAACAAAAUGUCAAAAGAAUAGUAGACAAAAUCUUAGUUUCCUUAAUAUGAAAAUAAUGGAAGCAAAAACUUUGCAAAAGUUUUACUUCCAAUAUUUUUAUAUUAGGGAAACAACUAGAGAAACAAAGCAUUUUUUUCUUAAUAAAAUAAUAAAAGGCUACCAACACAGUCAUAAACCUAAUUAAAAAAAAAGGUUAAUUGGAUUUACUCUCGGCCAAUGAUUACAAGGUUGUAGCCUAAAUCUGAGAUUUUUCAAUAUUUCUAGAAUAACAGUAAGUAUAAAUCAGUGACCAAAUUUAUCUGCAGUUGAGCACUUAUAAGUUUAAAGAGAAAACUUUCCUAAGUAGAAAAUAGUAUUGGCAGUUGCAGCUAGAAGAUACCAAAUAUCACAAAUACAUACCUGUAAGUUAAUUCUCAUGAAAUCAAAAGAAUAGUCAUUUGCAGACUGGAAAAUUAUGUGUACAAGCUGCCCCCAAAUUUAAACCAAACAUAUAUACCCAUAGGCGCAUUUCUUUAAGGAAAUGUGGAGAAGAAUGUUUGUUUUACAUAAGCAAUUGGUUAAUUGUUAAAUUUGGCAACCUAAAGGAAGUUGUUAUCACUUUUAUGAAGAAACAACAAAUUGAUAGUAACCUUAUUAUUACCAAAGAAGAGAAAAAAUGCAUAAUUUUUUUCAGCUUAGAUGCCAAAAUAAUCCUGCAGCAAAAAUACUUUUAGUUGUUCAUACUUAAUUAUUUCCCCUUCUUUUGUGAUUUUUGUCAGACAAGCAAAAUAGCCAUUGAUUAUGAUCCAUUUAAUUAACUUAAGAAAGAUGAGACUUGAAUAAUAUUUUCCUAAAAUAAAGGUGAUGAGUGGUUGCACUAUUUUAAUCAAUUUUAUAAAUAUAAAAUACUCAGAAGAAAUAUAUUGAUGAAUAAGAUUUACUGAAUAAUACAGAUUAUGAAAUAUCAUUUCAAGAUAGGUUACCACAUACAUUUGACCUUUUUUUUAUUACGCUACGUGUAUAAUUACUUCUCUGUAAUAGCAGUUCCAAAAUCUCUUUACAUGUAAACUGUCACAAUUAGUGGCAAAUAAUGUUUUAUAAAGAAAUUCAUUUACAAAUAGAUACCUUAGAUUACACUAAAUAAAAUAAUAAAAUAAUCUGAAAUAGUUAUUGCCAAUCCUGAGGUUGGUGUAUUUGGUGAGCCCGUUUUAUGUUUGUGUGGGUAUGUGUGUAUGUGUUUAAUAUUGCUUUUUAGACCAGGCAGUUAUAUUUUGUGAUUAAGUUUUAACUGUAAAACAUCAUAAUUUUAUUUUUUAAAUGCCAUCGAUACUUCUAAAUUUUGUUUUUUGCUAAAUUGUACCUUAUUAGUGGUUUUUCUUACUAAAUAAAUGUGUCAAUGUCUUUCUAAAUAAAUAUAGAUAGAUAGAUGGAUGGAGAUUUGAAAUAUUUAUAUACCAUUUCUAGGUUUGUCUUCUUGAAAUUUCCUAUUUGAAUAAUUUUAAUGGAAAUUAAAUGUAAUCUUAAUCAGUAAAGACCCAACGAAAAAAUGGGAAUUAAAGUUAUCUGGUUUUCUAUCAUGGCACAAAAUUUAUUAAGUAUUUGUCAGAAUACUUUUAUGUGGAGUAAGUGCUUUAAAUAACAAAUUAUUCAGGAUAACUUUAUUCUCCCUCAAAUUAUGUACUACCAUGAGAAAAUUAUAUUGCUGGUGUUAUCUCCUCUUUUAGGAACGGACUUUCCAGGUUUGAACAUGUGUUUAAAAUUUCUCUCACGAGGCAAAAUACCAGAGCUAGUACCAAUAUCAUUAUUAUACAUUUCUUUCAUAUUACACAAGAGAUGAGAUUCUAUGUGUAAACCAUCCCACUGCAUUAAACAGCAAAAGAAACUCCUAAGGCAUUUUUUUCUCCAAUAGAAAAAAGGCCAUAUGGGUACAGAAGUAGCAUAGCAGUUUGGACAUUUUCAGCGCAAACAGUAUAGGGAAACUUUUCCUUUUCUCCCCUGACCCUCCCAUUUCCAAUGUCCAUCAAUUAGUUGCACUUGCUUUAUUUUGGAAACAGCCUGUCUGCCUUGGACGUUCCCAAUUGAUAGACUUUGGCGGCACACUUGCAUUCCAGAGUUCCCUCCCAAACCUCCCUUUACAUUCCAAUGCCUUUCCCCCCAACCCCCAUUGCUGUUGACUGGUUGAAAGCAGGGCUGUGUAGGUAGUCAACCAUGACACUAUGUAUAUUUUGCCAGGAAUUGAUAAAAUUUCUAUUGAAGUGGAGUUCUAGCCAAACUAAAGUAUCAAUCUA